GAGCUACACUCAUGGAAAACAGAAGUACUGAGACUGUUUCCAGCAUUUAAACUAUUUUAUUCAGACAGUUUCUUAAAAAGACUGUGUUGCCACAGAAGAUGCUAACUUCAGUGAUAAUCCUCACAUCAGGCAUCUUUGUUGCAUUACAUGCGGCGUCUGUUUUGACUGUGGUCGGACUGGUUGGAGAGACAGUUACUUUGCCAUGUAAAUAUGAUGUAAAGACUCAUGGCAUAUCAAACAUUUGCUGGGGGAGAGGUCAGUCCUGGUUCAGCUGUGAAAAAACACUUAUCGCCACUGAUGGAAUGAGUGUAACCUUCAGACAGUCGUAUAGAUACAGUUUACCCAGCAUGCUGCACAUGGGGAACGUUUCACUGACCAUCGAGAAGGCACAAAACACAGACACUGGAUUUUACACGUGCCGUAUUGAGAUACCAGGACUAUUCAAUGACCUCAGCAGCGCUGUUUUGCUUUUUGUUACAAAUGGACUCAACCCAGUCAAUGUCAUCACAGGCACAGAACCUGCUGUUUCUGCAGAGAAGCAAGUAGGAACUCAAGAUUUCACUGCUGAAUACUCCAGUGCUGGUUCAGUUGCACAGCUGCGAAAUACUGAGGAUACACUGGAAGCCUUUAUUCUAACUGCAUUGAGAGUAGGAGCAGUCAUAUUCAUCCCUGGUUUAAUCAUUGCACUUCUAUGGAAAUUGCAGCGCUCCAGAAAACACAGAGAUAGCAGUGGAAAAGAAAACGUCCCCACCCAGCAGCAGAACGCUAGCCCCCACAUCCACAUGCCUGUGGAAACACCACAUGCAGAGGACAAUUAAGAUGUGUUUUAGCUGUGAAUACUUGGCCAUCAGGGCAUAAAGAGAUGACAUAUACAAUAAGAUGUAGAAUGAUUUUUGUUUUUUACCUUGUUUCUACCCCGUGAGAGCUUAAAACUUGGUUUAUCCUUCUGCCCUCUUAAAAAUGAAGCUUUCUAAACGUCUUUUUCUCUUGUCGAGGUCUUAGGAAAAAGCUAUAAGUAGUACAGAAUAUUAUACUGUGUGGAGGUUCUUUAAAAGUUUAAGGGGUUCUUCACAUAUCUACUCUCAUUAUUUCCAUAAAGG